AUGGGACUCUUUGGGGCAAGCGUUUGUCGACGCGAAAUCUGCGUUGGAAAAAGAACUCGACGUGACUUUAUAAAGCGAACGCGACGAGCAUACUUUGAGAAUUUCAAAGACCAGCUGGGACUCGCAGAAGAUGAAGAUAAAGAUGAAGAUGAAGAUGAAGACGUUGAUAAAGAUCAGAUGGACUAUGAUGCUGGUCAAAUGGUUAAAGGCGGCGACGGACUGGGGAGAAUGGAGGAAGGCAUGGAAGAAGGCAGCGAAGGCGAAGGAGAGAGGGAAGAAGGCGGCAACGAGCUUUUGGUAGUGGACGAAUACGAUGACGGCAGAGCAGGCGAAGAACAGAUGCAAGAAGGCGGCAACGGGCUUUUUGGAAUGGACGCAUACGCAAGCAGUGAUGAAGGCGAAGGCGAAGAAAAGAUGGAAGAAGGAGAUGGAAGAUGGUGA